UCAAGUCUUUGUCAGAGUUUGUCGGUUUGUGUGUAGCCGGGACUGUAAGUCUCUCUUUUGCCCAAACAGAGGCUCGGUGACAGUGCUCAGACCGUGCGCCCGCCCUGCCCUCUAUUCCUCGUCACUGAAAAGCCUCCCUCAUUAAAAAAACCAAAAAAAAGAAAAAACACUUCCUCACACGGCACAGACUCUCCUGCUGCUGCUACUGCCGCUGCUGUGGCCAGAUGAAAACCAAACGGUGCCCGGCCCACAUGCGACAUCAACUCCUGCCCCGCUGAUUUCGCGAUCCCACCGUGAUCUCUCCAAACCCGGAUAUGCUUCCCCCGCGGGGAGAGAAAGCGACGCGGCGGGGCAGCGGACAAUGAGAGAGGCGCGUCGGGGUCGCAGGAUACGCGGACCGGAGCGCGGAGGCUGUUUUUCGCGGAGUUUUUUUCGGGGCCAGGGAGGAAGCCAUCCGGGCAUCAUGAGGAGGGCUAAAGUUGAUGAAGGGGAGAAGAGAGAUGGUUCAGCUCUCAGCCCGCGCAUCUGCUGAACAGCUCCCGACCGCGACUGCCCAUCAGACUGGCUGCUGCUGCUGAAGUGGAGGUGCAGCUGUAAGCUGGAAGAGGGGGAUUCCUAGAGGGCUCCGGAGAUGCCGCUCCCCAAGGGCAUGCUGCUCUGUCUGGGCAUUCUGCUGAUGACUGCUGGGGGGCUCACGGUCCUGUGCGUGGGCAUGCCCUAUCAGUCUGCCACAGUGUUUGCAGUCGGGGUGUUCCUGGGCCUGGGGGGGGUGGGUCUGCUGGUCAGUGGACUCUGCAUGGCCAUGAAGAAUCUCCAGGUGGCAGUGCCAGGACACUUCCUGUUGCACCCCCGCACGGGCACACGCUUCAGCCCCCAGCAGGCCAUGGCCAUACAAAGGCGGUUGGAUCGAAUUCGUCGGGAGAUGUCAGCGGACUCUGUCAGCCGGAGACCAGAGCCUGUACCCUCCCUCCCAUCCACCCCACCACCCUGGACUAUGGAGCCGCCUCCAUCCUACGACACAGUGAUGAAAAGCCAGGAAAACAAAGCUGAUUUGCGAGUCUCCUUUUCGCCUGCAGCUUUUGCCAAGGUGACCUAUCAGCCAGCAGGGGUUGCAACGAUGGUAGAGGGGAAACCGUAUCGGUACGGGCUGAUAGCGGCGGGGCUGUGUGUGGCGGCAGUGGGCCUCUUCAUCAUGACUCAGGAGCGACCGCACAUCUACGCCACAAUGUGUGCUCUGGGCGUCACCAUGGUGUGUGCUGGGACUGUGUGGAGCCUGUGCCAGUGCUAUCCAAAGGUCAUUUUGGCUGCUCAGAUUCAUGAGAAAAGUCUAGAGGAUCUAGUGUGUACUUCAGCUGAAGCAAGAGAUGAAAGGCAUCCUGAGGCUCUUCCCGGUUUUUGUGGCCAAAAGUCGAGUAGCAGCAGACUUCUCCCUGAGGCCCUGAAGAGCCAGUGUCACAGCUGUCCCACACUGCACCUGGUCUGAGGCACCCCGGGGUACCACACAGCACUCGGGACAGAAAUGGGGGUCCUCUGUUUGAUGCAUUUCUACGACCUGUUACUGAAUCACAACAUCACUCACACUUCAUGCUGUUUGAAUUUGUAAAAAUAAUGGAAGUGACUGAUUCUAUAGAGACAGUUUUGCACCAUUUUGUGUCAUUGUUAAGUACACUAAAGAUUCCCUUGAGGCAUUUUAAGACAGAAAACUAUAAUAAUAAUGUCUUGAAUGGUAUUUUGACAACAAUUUUUUAAUGAACUUCGUUUUUAAAACUUAGUAUAUCUGCUCCUUUUCCUUCAUUGAAGAAUUCUGAAUCUAUGAAUUUGCAAAUGUCUUUCAUUUCAAAAGUUUAACUGUUUGACGCACGAUGCUUCGUACUAGAUUGGCUCAAAACUAGUUGUGAACCCGUUUGUAUGUAAAUGUCUUAAACUCUGAUUUAGGGCGAAGUCAGACAAACUUUCCCCCUUCGACAAAUGAAUGUGAAAACAAAGUUCACAUACACCAUUCUGCACAGUGAAGCUCAAAUGACUCAGUGAAAUACCAAGGGGCAAAACACAUGUUUGAGUUGA